AGCAUGUUAGUGUGCGCCGCGCGGAGUGCACUCUGAAGUGGGCGGAUCGUAGCGGUGACAGCGACGCUUGGAGAGUCCCGACAAACUGUCAAAGAAAAAAGGAGCCGACAACAAUCGUCAUGGCGGAGUUAGACCUGAGUCUGAGCGAUGCACUGACGGACAGCGUCCCCCAGCCUGGCCCAGAGGGCGUGGUGGAGAGGGACUUUAUGGCCCAGCUGGAGGCGGAGGGCUUUGACGAUCAGGUCGGGGAAACAGUGGGGAAGACGGACUACAUCCCCCUGCUGGACAACGACGACACUAGGGCAGACGGGAGUACUACAAUGGAGAAUGGAGAGCAGGAAGCUCAUGGGGUGCAAAAGCCUGGUUGCAAGCUGACCUCGGGGGGACAGAUAUCGGCGUCGCGCCCGGAGCCGCAGGGAGAGGUGCGACCAAACUCGCUUGACCAGCAGCAGGCCCUAGCUACAGACUUCUUAUCAGCCUCCCUGGCAGGUUAUUCAGACCCUGUGAACUCUCAGACCAGUCCUGUUGGAAUGAUGAAUACUGGCCUGAUGGGGGCUUUUCCAGGUUUCACCCAGCCCGGAGGGAUCGGAGUGAAUGUGGAGGUGGGAGCUGCACCCCUCCAAGCUGAGAAGCCUCCAAGUAUAGCAGAGCCCCAGUAUCCGACACCACCGACGGGCUCCGAGGUCCCUAAGGAGCACAACCCCAUGCUGCCUGAACCCCAGGCUCCUCGCAGCCCUAAGGACCUGUCAGCAGGUGCCUGGCCAGACCAGGCUGGCUGCCUAUCGACAGACCUCCCUUUCACACCAAGCGUCUCCAUGAUGAUCAGUCAACAUGUCAGCAAUCUUGGAGCCAGCCCUGGAGAUCCUCCUGACAACUGGACCAGCCGCGAGAGUGCUGCCUAUGCUGGAGGAGACGAAAGGGAAGGAGAUGGAUUGGACCGAAAACAGAAGAAGAAGAAAAAAAGGCGACAGAAAGAUGAGGGAUCUUAUGAACACCUUGAGGGCCAGUCAGAGAUGCAAGCACUGGGAGAAAACACCCCUCCAGUAGAGGAGUUCUAUCACAGGAUUGGCCCAAGGAGGGAUAGAGGGGAGGGCGGCUGGGAAGAGCAGCUUGGGAAGAGUGGAGGUCGAGGGAAGAGGGGUAAGAACAGGAAGAAGCUUCCAGAGGAGUGGGGAGUAAUGGCCGAACCAUUUGUUCCUUCACCUGCAGCGACCUCCCAGAUUGCAGAAGACAUGAUUGUGGAUAUCGGGAGUUCACCUCAGAUGAACCUGGAGGCAUCCUUAGGAGACAUGGACACAAGCCAGAGCCCAUCCAAAAAUGAUGUGUACUCUGAAGAAGGCCUGGUCCCUGCCCCUCUGUCACAGGAUCUGUCCUCCUCAAAUGCUGCUUCCAUCAGCCCACUGGUUCUGAACAGUGAGUUGAAAGCCACAGCAGCUCCAUUCACUAUGCCCUCCCCCCUCGGAUCCUUUCCCUUGCCUUCUUCCCCAGGCGAUGCGUUUGACUUCUUGAUGGACACAGAAAAUGCCAACUUGGGCGACACUGUCAAGGCCUUUUCUCCACCUUUCUCUCCAGACAGUGAAGCAACAUGUGGUGACAUGGUUGACAGUGGCAUGUUUGACAACACUGGUUCCCUCCAAGAGUCUUGUGUGCAAGGCUUACUUGAGGGAGACACCUCAGCUUUCAGCCCUGCCUCCCAGACGAGCCUGGGCCUUUCCCCGCAGGGCGAGGUGUUAGCUUCGGCCCCACCUUUGUCACCCUCAGAUGCUUCGUGGCUCCUGAACGAGUCCCAAAUGAGCACCAACAGUGGGCUGUUUGACUUCAGUGACAUGAGCACUUCCGGUCACCCUAUACCCUUAGGCCUGUCCUUUGAUACCCCGAGCCCAGCACCUCUUCGCUCUCCUAAAACCUCAGCACAGGAAUUCCAACCCAAAGAGCAAAAAGAUGCCAAAUCAACCACGAAACAAUCUAAGAAGCAGCGUUCUUCAUCUUCCUCGUCUUCUGUUAAGAGUCCCACUUCCCCACAAGCUCAGAAGUUCUCUCCACAGGCAUCUCCGGUCGCCAGUCCCUCUUCACCUCCAUCAGCUUCACCUCUGGGCGUUCCAGCAUCUGGUCUGAACCCUGCUGCUAAGCCCUUCUUUCCCAGUUUUGCUGAUCCUGUAGACGACCCGGCCAUGGUUCCUCAAGUUGCCCCAAAUGUCGAAGUAAAAUCAGACAAGAUGGAGCAAGCAGAGAAGAAGGAGGAGAAGAAACUAGAAGACAGCCCAAAGAAAGUGGACCUGUUUGACCCUCUGGACAAGGCUGAACAGAAGGGUGUUAAAGUUGAAUUCACAAACACUGAGACCCUGGCCAAGGCGGAGAAAGACGUGGAAAAGGACCAGGAGAAAGAAAAAGGCAAGGGGGCAGGAGAGGUUAAAGACGAGAAAGGGGCAGACAAAAUGAAGGAGCCAGAGAAACUUGUGGAAAAGUUGGAUGAAAAAAAUAUGGAGACAGAAAAGGUAAAAGAGAAGGAAACAGGAAAGGAGGAAACAGUGCAGAAGAUGGAAGAGAAAGAAGAUAAAAUGCACAAGGCAGAAGAAGUGCCAGAAAAAUUGGAAAAGGCGACAAAAGAGGACAAGUUGGAGAAAGUGGAGAAGACCGAGCUGACCGACAAAGUGGAGAAACCAGCAGAGAACGUGGAAAAGAUGGACAAAAAUGACAAACCCAAAGAGGAAGAGAAAGCAGAGAACAAAACCGCUGAGAAGACGGAGACAACUGAGAUUAAGGAUGACAAACAGCAGCUCAUGGACAAAGUGGAAAAGGUCCCAGAGCAACAGCCCACACCUGUCAAGACUGAUAUGAGUCACGACAACCAGGAGAAGAAGGCUGAGGUGGAGACAAAGGUGACGACGGUGCUGGAAGACACCAAGAAAGAAAAGGAUGACACAGAAACAAAGGUUACAGUAGUCCUGGAAGACACCAAGAAAGAAAAGGAUGAUGCAGAGACAAAGGUGACAGUGGUGGAAGACACCAAGAAAGAGAAGGAUGACACAGAGACCAAGGUGACAGUGGUGGAAGACACCAAGAAAGAGAAGGAUGACACAGAGACCAAGGUGACAGUUGUGGAAGACACCAAGCAAGAAAAGGAAGAUGCAGAGUCAAAGGUGACAGUGGUGCUGGAAGACACCAAGAAAGAAAAGGAAGAUGCAGAGACAACGGUGAAAGUGGUGGUGGAAGACACCAAGGCGGAAAAGGAUGAUGCAGAGAAAGGCAAAGAGGUGGAAAAAGAGGACGAGGCUGUGAAAUCACCUGAGAAGGCUGCAGAGAAACCGGCGCAAAAGGUGGAAAAGGAGGAGAAGAAGGAAAAGACGCCGGCGGAAAAAAAGACUGCGGAGAAGAAAGACGACAAGAAGGACAAGGCUGCGAAACCAGAUGGAGAGAAGGCCAAAAAACCUACUAAACCUGCAGCUAACGGAGGCACCGCGACACCAAGCAAAGACCUGGCAAGUGCAGAAAAGAAGACUAAGCCUGCACCCGGGGCAACCAGACUGAGCACCGCUGCCAAAACGCGGCCAAGCUCUGUUGGUGGUUCAGCCGCUGCCCCCAUUAAGCGCCCCACACCUUCCUCCUCCACCACCACCACCACCCACACCCCAGACAAAAAAACAACCACAGCCAAGGCACCAUCCACAACAGCUGCUGGGCCCAAGCGGCCCUCCACCACUUCUACCAGCCGCCCCUCAUCCUCCACCACCACCGCUACACGUGACGUUAAACCCAAGACCACCACAGAGAAGCGCCCCCUGGUGCCAAAGGCCAGCACUGGCACCUCGAAUCAGACAGGCUCCGCCGCCGCCACCAAAAAUGGAACCGCCGCCGCGGCAGCCAGUAGAACCGCCACGACGGCGCGCACCACCACAUCUACUCGCACGACUGCCACUGCCGCAGCCAGAAAGCCUCUGGCCUCUAAGACAGACGGCAAACCAGGAGAGGAGAAGAAGCCCAGCACUCUGAGGACUUCUACAGCCGACUCCACCAAGCCCAAGACCACCGCCUCUACCACCACCCGCAGCACCGCUUCCUCCACGGCUGCCUCUCGCACUCGAACCACAGCAGCCAAGCCGGCCACGCCAUCCUCCGCCCCGGGCGCUGCUCCAGAGAAGAAGCCCCCGGUGCCCCGAGCUCCCCGGCCCUCUUCCGCAACCUCAGCCACCACGGCCUCGAGGACCGCGGCUCGCCCCGGCACCGCACCGGCCCCCGACAUCCGCAACGCUCGCUCCAAGAUCGGCUCCACUGACAACAUGAAGCACCAGCCUGGAGGAGGGAAGGUGUCAUCUGCCUCUCAGAACAGGGCUGUCACCUCCAAAGAAACGAGCCAGGGCAAAGUUCAGAUAGUCUCCAAAAAGCUGGACUUCAGCCACGUCUCCUCACGCUUGGGCUCCAAGGACAAUAUGAAGCAUGUUCCUGGUGGAGGGAAUGUGCAGAUUCUCAGCAAGAAGGUGGAUCUGAGUAAGGUGACGUCAAAGUGUGGCUCCAAGGACAACAUCAAGCACAAGCCUGGGGGCGGCGUCGUGAAGAUCGAGUCUCACAAAAUGAACUUUCGGGAAAAGGCCCAGUCCAAAGUGGGCUCCAUGGACAAUGUGAGCCAUUCACCCGGCGGAGGAAACAUCAAGGCUGAGGGGGCCCAGGAGGCAACAGAGGGGAGUGGGAUUCCCCUGAGUGGCAGCCCGGCCCCAGCCCCAGGCUCCGAGCCGGGCCAGGCUGGGAGCCCCGCUGCCCAGGAGAAUGGGCUGAAGGACGGGGCUCCCUGUGAUAGUGAGGGCCUCCCGGAGCCCCAGGCUCUGGACUCACGCAUCCCAGAGACAAAUUGAGUCUUUCAAGCUCAACUUCCGCGAGAAUGCUCGCUCUCGCACGGACCACGGCGCCGACAUCAUCACCUGUCUGGCCCCCCUGGACGACGACAACAACAGACCCCACCCACACGGAUCCUCGUACUCUCUGCACCAAAACCACCACCACCACCAUCACCAUCACCAUC